CACGAAAGCAUCACUUUUGACAGUGCUCAAUUGUGCGAAGCGUUGCUGUAGUUGGAACACUCAACGUUAAGCAUUAUGCCGCAUAAUGCGCUAUAAUGCUGUAAUUGGAAAGCAACUAAACUAAAUAUAGAACAAUAAUAAACUUAAGUAACAGAGCAACUCUAAAGAAACCAAAUGGCUACUUAUGGAGAAAUUGUGGAGCCUCUUUCUCGAACUGCAUGGGAAGAUUGGGAUGAUGUAACAUCGGAAGAUAAGCAUAAUAGGUUAGAAUGUCCAGACCAGGCAGCAGUUCCAGAUAUAAUUGAAAGCUUAAUUCUAUUGGAAGGGAAAUAUUUGUAUGACUGUAUGAAAAAUGAAAUAAAAAAUUUGACAUUGAUAUAUACAAUAAAAGAAAUUGACUUAAAUGUAUAUCAAAACCAACAGUCAAAUGUAUGUAUUUCAAUUUUAAGAGAUUAUGACAUAUUGAGAAGUAGUGAAAUAGUUGAACUAUUGAAACCAUAUAUUACUGUGAGCAAAAAUGUUGUAACAAUACAGACUAAGCCAUUGACAGAAUAUCAAUCUUUGGAGCUUACAAAUAAAAACUGUUUGAUAAGAACUAUUUGCUCCACAAAAGCGUCGAAUUUAGAAAUCAAUUUUCCAAAAUUGCAGCAGCCUAAUUUUAUAUCUGGUGUUUCAGCAGGAGCUAUUUGUCUAAGGGACCAUUUGGAUCUUCCUGGUACAGCAGUUAUUUGUUACACGGAACAUCCAGAAGACUAUCAAAUUGAAGAAAUUCAAACUCUAUUGAAGAAACUGAAAGUUAUUUCUCAUGUGAAUACUGGUCCCUCAAAUGUUCUAAAUUCUAACUUGUAUAUUUGAUCAAUAAAAAGUUUUUUGUAAUAUGGUAGCGUUUUAC